AUGGCCGAAAAAGAAAAGGCGUCCCUCGCAUUUCCAAUGACAUGCAUCCUCAUCUCCUUCGCGUUUACCUCCUACCUCCACCGCACCUGGAUCUCACAACAAUUCCGAACAUGCAAACGCCUCAUCCGACGAGUGUCACGUAAAACCCAGCGUCAAAUCCACCGCUGGAUUCAACAGCUACACAAAAUCACGAACAACCGGGGCGAUGGAAACGAAGAGGGAACCUACAAUGCCCUCGAACCAUCUACCCGAGGCAGUGACCACCUAGGGCUCAGGGCAUACUCUGCUAACGGGCAUUCACGAUGGGACUCCGAUAAUACCAGCACAGCCUCAUCUUCUCACCUGGAUGAGGACGAAGAUUCGGAUAUCAGCAGCACCGAAGAACCAUCCCCCCUCCACUCGCUCCGACCAACCUGGAUCCUCGAUUCCACUGGCCAAUACGUCUUAAACCGCGCCCCGGAACCACUACAGCGCGCAACAUGGGAAAUCGACCUCGACGAACGCAUCCGCAAUGAUCGCGGACUCGGUGCUUGGCUGGAUAGAAUGAUAGAAUGGGUUGUUCAUCGCAUUGUUGCAAAUUUCGAUGCUGAGAUGCGUGGUGAGAUUGAGCGGGCGAAUGUUGAUCGUCGUGGGGUGAGGUCCUGA